AUGGCUCCGCCGCUGCCGCUGCCGCUGCUGGCGCUGCUUUUGCUGCCGGCACCGACGGGCGCGGGGCGGCGGGCGGCGACCCCCGACGGGGCACCCGCCAACUUGACGGUGGCGGUGGUGCUGCCGGAGCGCAACGUGAGCUACGCGUGGGCUUGGCCGCGCGUGGGUCCGGCGCUCAGCCUGGCGCUGGAAGCGCUGGAGCGGGGCGAGCCGCCGCUGCUGCCACGGCCCUUCUCGGUGCGCGUCGAGUUCAUGAGCUCGGAGCUGGAGGGCGCCUGCUCCGAGUACGUGGCACCGCUCAACGCCGUGGACCUGAAGCUCUACCACGACCCCGACGUGCUGUUCGGGCCGGGCUGCGUGUACCCCGCCGCGUCCGUGGGGCGUUUCGCCUCUCACUGGCGGCUGCCCCUCAUCACCGGCGGGGCGGUGGCCGCGGGUUUCAGCCGCAAACGGGAGCACUACAGCACGACGGUGCGCACCGGGCCCUCGGCACCCAAACUGGGCGCCUUCGUCUCCCACCUCCACGCGCACUUCAACUGGAGCGCCCGCGCCGUGCUCCUCUACGUGGACCGCAAGACCGACGACCGACCCUACUACUUCACCGUCGAGGGUGUCUACCAGGAGCUGCAGGAUGGCAACAACCUCACCGUCACCGUCCACAUCUACUCCCCCGAGGAGGGCGGCCCCGACACCGCCGUCCACUUCAUCAAAGCCAACGGGCGCGUGGUGUAUCUCUGUGGGCCACCAGAGAUGCUGCGUCAGAUCAUGCAGCUGGCACAACAGGAGAACCUCACCAAUGGCGACUAUGUCUUCUUCUACCUGGAUGUCUUCGGGGAGAGCCUGCGGGGCGACUCUGCCCGUGACCCCUUCAAGCCCUGGCAGGAGAGCCCGGGCCAGGACUCAGGACUGCGUGAGGCUUUCCAGAUGGUGCUCGUGAUCACCUACUAUGAGCCCCAAAACCCUGAGUACCAGCAUUUCCAAACCCAGCUCAUCCUGCGAGCUAAGCAGAAAUUUGGGGUGCAGCUCAACUACUCCCUGAUGAACCUGGUGGCAGGAUGUUUCUAUGAUGGGAUGCUGCUGUACGCCAUGGUGCUGAAUGAGACUCUGCGUGAGGGCGGCUCCAAGAAAAACGCCACCCACAUCAUCGAGAAGAUGCGGGACCGCAAGUUCCAGGGUGUCACAGGGCUUGUGAGCAUGGACAGCAACAAUGACCGGGACACUGACUUCAACCUAUGGGCCAUGAGUGACCCCAAGACCGGGCAGUAUGAGGUGGUGGGACACUACUCAGGUGUGGAGAAGCAAAUCCACUGGCUGGGACGACCCAUCCCCUGGGUGAAGGGGGCUCCCCCCUUGGACAAUCCUCCCUGUGUCUUUGAUGUGGAUGACCCCUCCUGUGAUAAAACCCCCCUCUCUAUGCUGGCCAUCGUGGCUUUGGGCACUGGCCUCACCUUUGUCAUGUUUGGCAUCUCCAGCUUCCUCAUCUUCAGGAAGCUGAUGUUGGAGAAGGAGCUUGCCAGCAUGCUUUGGAGGAUCCGCUGGGAUGAGCUGCAGUUUGGAAGUCCUGAGCGGUACCACAAGGCAGCAGGCAGCCGGCUCACCUUGUCCCUGCGUGGCUCCAGCUAUGGCUCCCUGAUGACCACCCAUGGCAAGUACCAGAUCUUCGCCAACACCGGCCACUUCAAGGGCAAUGUUGUGGCCAUUAAGCACAUCAACAAGAAGCGCAUCGAGUUGACGCGGCAGGUGCUCUUCGAGCUAAAGCAUAUGCGAGACAUCCAGUUCAACCACCUGACCCGCUUCAUUGGGGCGUGCAUCGACCCCCCCAACAUCUGCAUCAUCACCGAGUACUGCCCACGGGGCAGCUUGCAGGAUGUCCUGGAGAACGAGAGCAUCAACCUGGACUGGAUGUUUCGCUACUCCCUCAUCAAUGACAUUGUCAAGGGAAUGGCCUUCCUACACAACAGCAUCAUUGGCCAUCACGGCAGCCUCAAGUCAUCCAACUGUGUGGUGGACAGCCGCUUCGUGCUGAAGAUCACCGACUAUGGCCUGGCCAGCUUCCGCUCGCCCAGCGACAAUGAGGACACGCAUGCACUCUAUGCCAAGAAGCUGUGGACAGCCCCAGAGCUGCUGCAAAAGGGACACCUGCCCACCCCAGGCAUGCAGAAAGCUGAUGUCUACAGCUUCGGCAUCAUCGUGCAGGAGGUUGCUUUGCGCAAUGGCCCCUUCUACAUCGAGGGCAUGGACCUGAGCCCUAAAGAGAUUGUGCAGAAGGUGCGUAACAGCCAGAAGCCCUUCUUCCGCCCCUCCAUUGACAUCGGGGUGCACAGCGAGGAGCUGGCAGUGCUGAUGGAACGCUGCUGGGCGCAGGAGCCAGCCGAGCGCCCUGACUUCAGUCAGAUCAAGAUCUUCAUUCGUAGAUUCAACAAGGAGGGAAGCACCAGCAUCCUGGACAACCUGCUAUCGCGCAUGGAACAGUAUGCCAACAACCUGGAGAAGCUGGUGGAAGAGAGGACACAGGCCUACCUGGAGGAGAAGCGCAAGGCAGAGAAUCUCCUUUACCAGAUUCUGCCCCAUUCCGUGGCAGAGCAGCUGAAGCGUGGAGAGACAGUGCGAGCUGAGGCUUUUGACAGUGUCACCAUCUACUUCAGUGACAUCGUAGGCUUCACCGCCCUCUCGGCAGAGAGCACUCCCAUGCAGGUCGUGAUGCUGCUGAAUGAUCUCUACACUUGCUUUGAUGCCAUUAUUGACAAUUUUGACGUCUACAAGGUGGAGACCAUUGGGGAUGCCUACAUGGUGGUCUCAGGGCUGCCAGUGCGCAAUGGGAAGCUGCAUGCCCGUGAGAUUGUCCGUAUGGCCCUGGCCCUGCUCGAGGCUGUCAAAACCUUCAAGAUCCGUCACCGUCCCAACGACCAGCUCCACCUGCGCAUUGGCAUACAUACCGGACCCGUGUGUGCUGGAGUGGUGGGUUUGAAGAUGCCACGGUACUGCCUCUUCGGGGACACAGUGAACACUGCGUCCCGCAUGGAAUCCAACGGCCAGGCCCUGAAGAUCCAUGUCUCAUCUGCCACCAAAGAAGUCCUGGAUGAAUUCGGCUGCUUUGAGCUGGAGCUGCGUGGCGAUGUAGAAAUGAAGGGCAAGGGAAAGAUGCGGACAUACUGGCUGCUGGGUGAGAGGAAAGACCCUUAAGUCAUUUGAGCCCAGUGGCUGUGCCAGAGCCCCCAGCUCAAUGGGGCCACCAGUGCUUUCUGGUACCCCUGGAUGCGCAGGCACCCCCCCCAUCACUGCAUCCACCUGACUCUGCAGUCCCCCUGUUUCAGCAGAGCCUGGGCAAGGUGGGGCAGCGGCCACAGCACCGUCUGCUCCCCUCCAUCAGCACCAGCAAAACCCACCUUCCCCACAAUCUCUGCUGGAGUGGGGUAAUCAGCCCUCAUCCAGCCCAAGAAACCUUGUAUUCCCCCCACCCUCUGAGGUCUGCCAUCCCUGCCCUCUCUCCUGUGGCUCAGCUGGCUCUGAGCUUCUCCGGGGCCUGGCUGCCCCGCAGGGCACUUUGCCGUCUCUUUUCAGUACCUGGCCCCCAGCAGAAGUUGUGCCCAUGUCAACCCCUCCCUGGGGUGGGGGGAAAUGGGGAUUCCUGCCAAGACUGACUCCUUGGCCAGGUCAGGCUUCAAUGCCGCAGCUCCCCCCCUCCCCAGUCUCCCCUUCCCCUGUAUAUAACCCCACCAGGUCAUGUAAAUACCCAUCCCUCCUCCAGGUGUAAAUAUAGGACUCGCUGCAACUAUUUUGUUGAAAUACAAACUUCCCCAGAUC